AUGGCACCGUCCCAUUUCGUCGGCUUGCUCUUCACGUGUGUCGUGGGAGUCCGUGGGAAUGCGUGUGAUGUCGAGCACAAGUUGGCGGACUUCUGGUACGCCUCUGGGCCUCCGCUCUCCGAUGGCAGCGCGCAAGAUUGCAGCGAGCAAGGAGGCUUCUUGCACAGAGUUUCUGUGGAUUGUGGAGAUGAUGUCUUCAAGUUCCUGUUGGAUUAUCUCCUCCACCAACUUGGAGGCAUGAAGGACGCAGAAAGGGAGACUUGUCAGAGCGGCCUGGCAAUGAGGUGGAAGCAUAUGAACGGAGGAUUCCAGAUCUGUUUUCCCCCAAGUUGCCCACCGGAUGCAACCCGCGCAGCGAGCCUGCUCGUACUGUCGUUGGGCCAUGGCUUGCUGGAUGGCGCCUCACUGAAGCUGGCUGCAUUGAACUUCCUGUCAAUGAUGCGAGAAGACGAGGAGCUUCGAAGCGACAUACAGCAGUGUUUCUCCUUUGAGGAUUGCACAAGCCAAGUUGAGGCACAGACUUUGGAUCUCAAUUCUGGGUAUUCCAUGCCGAUGGUGGCUUUCGGAACCGCCGGCAUGUCAAAGACCCGUGAGGCAGUGGACGAGGCCCUGCGACUGGGGUAUCGUGCUAUCGACACGGCAACGAGUCCGUUGGGUGGUGAUGGCUUCGGCUACGACCAGCAUGCAGUGGGACAGGCCCUGCUAGGGGUGGAUCGAAGAUCCAUCUUCGUCACGUCAAAGGUCCAUCCAGCAGAGCUCGGCUUUUCCAAGACCCUUAUGGCGGUCGAACGUGCAUUGCAAGAGCUGGGAGACGGAGCAGACGGGUAUGUGGACCUCUUCUUGAUACAUUUCCCGACAUGCGAGCUUGACUACUGUCCCAAGGGCGGGGCUCUGAGGCCACUCGGUACCUUCGAAGACAGCUGGCGUGGGUUGGAGGAGGCAGUUCGACGUGGAUGGGUUCGGUCUAUCGGCGUGAGCAACUUUGAUGCGCAGCAGUUGCAGCGACUGCUCUCGAUUUCGACGAUCACGCCUGCUGUUGUCGGAGUGUGGGCCGACAUUUACCAUCCCGUUCCAAGGUCCUUGCGGGUGCUGUGUCGGCGUCACAAGAUACAGAUUCAGGUGUACGGCACCCUGGGUUACGAGUGGUCACAAGGCCGGGGCUUGACUGGCAAGCUGGCAUCACGCUCGAGUCCGCUUCUGCUGAACCCUGUCCUGCGCAAGAUUGCCAGCUCCAAGAACUGGCCUAUUGCAGACGUCGCUGUGAAAUUCUUCUUACAACAAAGGAUUGCUGUGAUCCUUUCCUCCGGCCGGCGCGAACGCAUGGUGGAACUCUACUGCUCCCAAGAUGCCCGCCAGCUUUCCGAAGAGGAACUCGAACAGCUGCACGAUUUGGAUGGCUUCUUGGCCUCAAGCUUGAAAAUUGAUGCCAGUCCCGACUUUUAUGCAGGAAUGGCGGGAUUUGACACGCCCGAGCUUCAUACCCUCACAUCACAGUUUCUGCACAUCGACUGGGACUGUAGCGGGGCUCGUGCUGAUUUUGAGAAGUAUGGAGUCGUGCACCUGCAACAAGUGCUCCCGCCAGUUGUUCUGCAGUCUGCCCAGCGGGCUUGUCAAAAGAUAGUACUCGACCACGGCGGUGGAAACUGGGAAAAAAGAGACGAGUUUCCACCUGUUCUGUGUGACUGGACCAAGUCCGGGUAUAAUGCGGACAUCAGCAUCGACAAAGUACACACCACGGAAUUGAGUUACCUGUUUCCUGCCGUGGUCUCCAUACAGGAUAUUGCAAAGUGCAUCCUCCGCACAGAGGCGCCUGUCAUUUACUACCUGCUUUUGAGAGGAAAGGCACAGGGAUGCAACGCCUCGUCCAUUCCUUGGCACCAAGACACGGCCUACAACUUGUGGCGAGCGACUGAGGCGCGAGUUUAUGACGAGAAGGCGGAAGCGGAUAUCGAAACAUGGCGGAACCACACCGCCGUCCUCCACAUCCCGUUGACGACUGAAACAUCAGAAAAGGGAGCGUUGAUGUAUGCACUGGGCUCGCAUGAGGACGGACUGGACCCCCAAUUCUGGUCGCAAAGAUGGCUCUUUGGCCUGCCGUUGCCACCAUAUGAAUUCAACGCAGACCAUAGUGCGGUGAAGACUAUGGAGACCCAACCCGGCGAUGCUCUGGUGCAUUCAACCCUUGUGCAUCAUGGGACCUGCCCGAAUGUCGGCACAGAGGUGCGCUGGCACAUGGAAGUAGGCGUCCAGCAUCCAGAGUAUCAGUACCUGGAUGACGAGCACCGGAUUCCCUUCCCCCCCGAGCCCUGGCAGAUUUGA